AUGCGUUCCGACAGCAAGGACGUCCGUCCCGAUGACUUUCCUCGCCCAUCAGAAGAUGAGCAGGGGCUCACCCUGGAGAAAGACUGGACCGUGGAGGAGGAGGCAAAGGCCAAGCGAAAGCUCGACCUCAUCAUCAUGCCGCUUCUGACCCUGGGAUUCUUUUGCCUCCAGCUUGACCGUGGCAAUAUCUCCAACGCCAUUACCGACAACAUGAUGGAAGAUAUUGGGAUCACCCAGAACCAGUUCAACAUCGGCCAGCAGAUGCUGUCCUUGGGCAUCGUGCUUUUCGAGAUCCCAUCCAACAUGAUUUUAUACCGCGUGGGCCCCGGCAAGUGGCUGACUCUGCAGCUGUUUCUCUUCGGCACCGUCAGCACAUUCCAAGCGUUCCAAAAUAACUAUGGCUCCUUCAUUGCCAGUCGCUUCUUGCUUGGUGUGACGGAAUCAGGCUUCAUCCCUGGCGGCUUGUGGACUUUGUCGACGUGGUAUACCAGAACAGAGACUGCCAAAAGAGUCAUGAUCUUCUACUUUGGCAAUCAACUUGGUCAAGCUUCGUCAAAGCUCCUUGCAUAUGGUAUCCUGCAUAUGCGGGGCGUCGGCGGGCAAUCGGGGUGGUUUUGGCUGUUCACUAUCAUGGGCCUUUUCACCAUUGCUUCGGGUAUGGUCUUGGGCUUCUGCCUUCCGGAUUCGUUCAAGAGCCCUCACUCCACCUUCCUGCCGAAACGUAAGAUGUUUACGGACCGGGAGAUUCACAUCCUCAACACGCGUGUACUGCUCGAUGACCCCAUGAAAGGCAAGAAGAAGAAACGCAUCGGCAUUGCCGCGUUCAAGAAGGCGUUCUCCAACUGGCGCGUGUGGGUACACGUUACCAUCUCGCUCUGCAACAAUGGCCCGCAACGUGCCUUCGACACUUACGCUCCUUCCCUGGUCAACGGUUUCGGAUUCGCGGCAUUGACCAGCAACGCUUUGGCGUCCGUCGGUCUAUUCCUACAGACGCCUGUCUCGUUUGCUUUCAGCUAUGUGUCGGACCAUUUUGAUCGUCGCGGAGAGACUGUGCUCGCAGGCAUGAGUUGUCAUGUCCUGGCUUAUGUCUUCAAUCGAACCUUUACCGAGCUGAACUCCCGUGGAGUGCGGUACUUUGGUGUUAUUUGGACGCAGACAUUUGGCACUUUCUCGCAUCCUCUGAACAUAACAUGGCUAUCGUUGACGUGCACGGACUCUGAGGAAAGAGCGCUUGCAAUGGCGAUGAUUAUCAUGGGAGCCAACACAGCUGGCAUUUACGGAGCACAGCUGUUCCGCCAAGACGACCGACCACGUUACCGUCGCGGAUUCACUGUCAACAUUGCCAUUCUGGCAUUCGGCACCGGUCUGGUCGUCAUCAGAUACAUCGAGGAUCGGAUCUGGAAGAAGAAGCGUCGUGCGGCAGAGAUACACGACUCCAGCAGUGAGGACCGCGUGCAGAGUGAUGACCGGAUCGGUGUCAGAGAUGAGAAGCGGGUUGAAGCUUAG